AUGACCAUCUUCCGAAUCAUCACUGGCUCGUAUGAGCACGCACUGUUGUGUGUUUCGGUGACGCUGGCAGACGACAAGACCAUCCAACCGGUGUUCCAGCCGAUUUUCCAUUUCCAGGCCCAUUCGCUUUCGAUCCGGGCUCUGGACAUUGCCAAACGGUAUCUUGUUUCUGGAUCGAACGAUGAGCAUAUCAAGAUUUACGAUCUUCAGAAACGGAAAGAGCUGGGGACGUUGCUUCAGCAUCAAGGUUCCAUCACCAAGUUGUUGUUUUCGGACGACACCGCAGAGGAGUCCGAUUUCCUCACACAUAAGAACGGACGGUGGCUACUUAGUGCUGCCGAGGACGGCAAGAUUGUGAUCUGGCGAACCAAAGAUUGGGAGCAGUUUGGGAUUCUCAAAGGCCAUACCGCGCGCGUCAACGAUAUGGCUAUCCAUCCUUCGGGACGAGUGGCCAUUUCUGUGAGCGACGACAAAACCGUGCGGCUGUGGAAUUUGAUGACGGCCAAAAAAGCGUCUGUGAUGAAGCUCAAAGGAGUGUUUACCCACGGCCAGUCGCCGAACCUGUGUUGUUUCACGUCGGACGGCGAGUAUUUUGCCGUUGGACUGCUUAAUCGGCUGAUUAUCUACGAGACCAGAGAGGCGAAAAUUGUUGCUAUUUUCCAGCUUAAACAGACACUGAUGCAGAUGCAGUUUGUCACUCUGGACAACAGAGAGUAUCUGGUAGUUGCCAAUGGCAAUGGAACAAUCCAGUUCUACACUUUGGAGCGAGUUACACAGAAAAACGAGGAAACAGAGCCUCUGGACACGCCAGAGUUCCAAUUACAAGGCCAUGCCAAUAGAGUCAAGGAUAUCUCCAUCUACAAGGAGAAACAGAACGAUGAGGUUGUUUCGUACCUGGUUUCGAUCUCGUCCGAUGGCAAGAUCGUGAUCUGGGAUCUGAAGUUGAAAGACCAGGUGGCCGUUUACGAUACUGGCGAAAGACUUAAUGUGGUUGCUACCGUUAAUGAGAGCGUGGAAAAAGCAUUACGACCACGGCCAAGCGCCUCGACCAAAGAGGUGGAAAGCGAGUACGAGAGCGACGGAGAGGUUGUUCUUAGACGCGCAGAUAGAAAGAAAAUCAAGAAGCGCAAGAAGAAGCUACUUAAAGUGGAACGGGAAUAA